AAGUGGUUAUCUUGGUGGUGCUGGGUUAAUGAUUUGAGUCUGAGAUCACUUUGAAUCAACAACCACUUUAUUAUCUCAAAGAGGUUCUUAAUGAUUCCCUGUGACAUGAGAGGGAUUUAUCAGAGGAUUCCACACAAUCUCUUCAUAGCCAUUGUAGAGGGAAGGCUCCUGGCUAUAGGACAAGGUCUGAUAAGGGAUUUUGGUGGCCCCACCAAAAUGUGGGCGCAAAGAACACAUGAUGUUCAUUGUUGUGCAUCUCAUGCCAUGCAGGAGAUUGGUCCCCUUGUUCAUUGCCAGUGAUGAUGACUCCAAAACAGGAAUCAGCAUCUUCUUUGACCUUAUCAAAGGGCUUUCCUCUCUAAUGGCCUGGGAAAAGGGCAGGGGAAUUUCUCAAGGAUUUUAUGCAAUCACAGAAGAACUGUGUAGCUGAGUGACAGCUCCACGUUCCACCCAAUGCACUGGUGGGGUUAAACCACACCUCUGAUGCCCAGGGCUCUCAGGCCACCUGCAGUUUUUAGCUGGAGUGUGAAGCCAGGUCAGCCUCAGCAGGAUGCAGCAGGCAUCCUGCCUGUGUAGCUCAAGGCACCAGGCAGGGCAGUGCAGGAGGAGGAGGAGGGAGAGCUGUGCAUUUCAAAAAGCACAUCUGGACCAGCUGUGAGGUGCUGAGCACAUGGAUAUCUCAGCUGCUCUGUGCAUAGGCUGUCACAGAGAGCCAGAUUCUUUGCUUUGCUACAAUUUCUUAGGAGUGUCUGGGGGCUGUUUCUGCUGGGAGAUGAGCUCUGGAUGGACAAGUGGGAAGUGCUCCAGUCCCCAGUGGCAAUCACUGUGGGCAUUCCAGCCUGGCUGUGUGCCCAGAUCAGCAGGAGCUCCCUGCCUCUGCCCUCCUGCCUGCCCUUGGGGCUGCAGGAGAGGUGUGGGGAUCACAGCAGGCAUGGACACUCUCCCUGUACACAUCUCUUACUUGCUAUGGCAUCAGCAAGAGCUGGUCCAGGCAGGAGACACAGAGCUGGAGAUGCUGUUUCCCUGCCUGAAGCAGAGAGGACCCUCUCAGGGACAAUCUGGGCCUGCUGGGCAACAGAUCGGACCUGGUCCCAAGUGUUGUGGGAUGGGUGUUGAGGUGGCAGCAUGUGGGUGCUAUAGAGAUGUGGCUCUGCACCCCACAGAGGAUGGACACGCUGGAACCCUGCCAGUUCCUGCUCCCGGCUUGGAACUCCAGCUAGCCACAGCUGGGCUUCCCCCAGUGAUGCUGCUGUGAAGGAAGAUGCCGAUUGCUGGCCAGGCAACAGCUUGAGCCGGGCUGGGGUCCAGGCACAGAGGGACCUGAGGGGCUGCAGGUUGGAGGAGGAAUGGACUCCAAAGCCAAGGCCAUUGCUGGUCUCCUGGCAGCCACCUGUGUCUGCAGCAUCAUCGCCCUCAUUCUGAGCAUCGUGAAUGUGAAGGAUGUGCUUCUGCCCCCCUGCACCAAGUAUGGCCUGGUGUUUGACGCUGGCUCCACACACACAUCCCUCUACACCUACCAGUGGCGUGCGAACAAGGAGAACGACACGGGCAUCGUGUCCCAGGUGGAAGCCUGCUCUGUGUCCGUUCCCUGUGGCAGGACCCGGCAUCUCCAGCUACGCAGAUGACCCCGCGGGGGCUGGUGCCAGCCUGAAGCCUUGCCUGGACAGGGCCAUGAAGAUCAUCCCGGCCGAGCAGCAGCGGGAGACCCCCACGUACCUGGGGGCCACGGCCGGCAUGCGGCUGCUGAGGGAGGAGAACAGCAGCAAGGCCGAGCAGGUCUUGGUCGAGGUGUCCAAGGCCAUUGGGGAGUACCCUGUGGAUUUCCGUGGAGCUCGGAUCCUGACGGGGAGCGAGGAGGGCUCCUUUGGCUGGAUCACUGUGAACUACCUGCUGGAGACACUGGUCAAGUUCUCGUUUGCAGAGAAAUGGGAACAUCCCCAGGACAUUGAGGUUCUGGGAGCUCUGGACCUUGGCGGUGCCUCGACGCAGAUCACCUUCCAGCCUGGGGUCCCUGUGGAGGACAGGAACACGUCCGUGUUCUUCCGGCUCUACGGCACCAACUAUUCCCUGUACAGCCACAGCUACCUGUGCUACGGGCAGAGCCAGGCCCUGAAGAUGCUGCUGGCAGCUCUGCACCAGGUGCCACAGGGCACGGGAGCUGCUCAGCCAUCUCCCAGUGCCGUGGCACAUCUCCCCCUGCAGCGUUGGGCGUGCCUGUGGGCAAAGAGUUGGGAAUUGGCAGAACCUUGGGUUUUAUCUAGGGAAGCCAAAAAUUGCCUCAUUUGGGUGGAAGGUGGUGGAGGCUGCCAGCCAGGGCUCCCUUCUCCCCACAUCUUGACGUGCAGUGGCAUUUUUUGUAAUUUCCCAAGCCCAGCGGUAUGUGUAGUUUUUCUGCUGUCGCCGUGCUCUUGGCCUUGCUCCAUUUCUGCCCAGAGAGAGGUUUCCCAGCAUAGUCCCUGCACAACUGCCCGAGGACAGAGGCAGAGCCCAGGGCUGCUCAGGGAGCUCCCAGGUGGGGUGCAUCCAGUCCUCCUGGGGUGUAGUCCUGCUUUUUGGGAUGGGCUGUGGGAAGGGUCUCAGUGGCGUUGCAGUCCCAUUAAUGGCUCCAUCCCUCUCCAGGCCAGCUUGAGUACCCAGAUCAAGCAUCCCUGCUACCCCCAGGGGUACCAGGAGAACAUCACUGUGGCAGAGCUCUACGACAGCCCCUGUGUGCAUGCGCCAAGCUCAGCCAGCCCUGGCCCUGUCCUCACAGUGACGGGGACAGGGGACCCAGCCGCGUGUGCCACGGCCAUCCGGAGCCUCUUCAACUUCACCUGCAGGGCGCAGGGGCCGUGUGGGUUCAAUGGGGUCUAUCAGCCCCCCGUGCGGGGACAGUUCUUCGCCUUUGCUGGGUUCUACUACGCCUUCAACUUCCUGAACCUGACCCGCCAGCAGUCUCUGAGUGAAGUCAACACCACAGUCCUGUCCUUCUGUAGGAGGAACUGGAUAGAGCUGGUGCAGAGCUUCCCAGGGGAUUUGAAGUACCUGCACACCUACUGUUCCGUGGCCUUUUACAUCCUGACGUUGCUGCUCGAUGGCUACAAAUUCAACGAGCACACCUGGAGCAACAUCCACUUCAGCAGGCAGGCAGCAAACACAGACAUCGGGUGGACACUGGGCUUCAUGCUGAACUUGACCAACAUGAUCCCCACUGAGGCUUUGCAGCAUGUCAAGGGCCACCAGCCCGACCUGUGGGCAGGAGCCAUCUCCUUCCUCACACUGGCCAUCGUGGCAGGCCUGGUGGCUGUUUUCCUGCAUUGUUUCUGGAAAACAAAGUAGCUCGCAGCCUCCUGACUAGAGGCAUCCUAGGCAUCCUUCCUACUAAACCAGGCAGGGAAGUGGUGCAGAAGAGGUGGAAAGUGGAGAAGAAUGAAGGCAUUAGACCCAUCUCCACUGCUCAGGAGAUCUGACUGGGUCAUCUCUGUGGAAGAUGACUUGGUCUCUCUCCAAGAGGAAGACUCCUUUAAUCUGACUGCCAAAAGCUGAUUGAGACUUGCUGGCUGGCUGAAGCAAAAAAAAAAUUAAACUAGAAAUAAAAUCA